AUGUGUGUCCGCAGCAUAGGGCGCCCUGUAGACUUCGUUUGUAUUGUCGUCCUCGUCUUCGCCUUCCUCUUCCUCGUAGUCGGAGCUCAUGCUAGCUUGCUGGGUCGGCAACAACAGCAGCUGGUGGGUCGGAAGAAGCUGGCGGUGGUGAUGAAGCGCGAGGUCGUGUAAUUUGCGUGCAGAGCGCCCAGGAAUCGCGCUUGCGAGAGCAGCGAGGGUGAAGAGAGUUGCUCCCAGCCAGGCUGCGGCCCUAACGUGCCUUGUAUAACUCGCCAUGCAUACCCCAACGCGGCGCUUGUGGGGGUGUGUGCACAAGCUACGCUGCAGACCUGCAGGUCUUUGUAGGCGUCCUGCCUGCUAUACAACUCCCUUGCAUUUGGUUCGGGAUAUUUUCCUUAUCAUCCCCUCCUUGAGAAGACCGGGCUAUUGAGCCAGAGUGAUAAAAAAAAUGAUAAAAAAAAAGUGACGGUAGCCACAGAAGGGUUAAGGGCAGGUUCCGGUGAUGGUCGAUUUGCAAAGGUUCUGAAGUACUAAGACGUCAAAUUUGGCACACAUAGUCUUAGUAUCAUGAGCGCUCGAUUAAAAAAAAAAAAUCGGCCCACAACCGGGGACACAAUGCCCAUAUCCCCGGUUUUUCGGCUCAAUUCUGCGGGGCGAAAAAUACCCAUUUGGGGGGGUAGUGCGGGUUGUGUUGCCUUGAACCAGCUCAACCGUUGAAUUUGAUGAACCAACGACUAGUACGCAUCCUGUUCUGAGUCACAAAAAAAAAUAACGUUAAACGGAUGCCUAUGGAUGGUAAUAUGCCUGUCCAAACAUGGGCACUUUUGCCCCCUUUUUGGCUUGUACGGCAGCAACUUCCGUCAAAACCGUGCCACAUGUUGAAGCAACUAUUUUUCACCCAUAUUAACCCCCCGGGUGACGCCGUUUCAGAGAAACGUAUUGAAGGUUGCAGAAAACACGUUGG